AUGCCUCUCUUCUCCCGCCAUCGCGCCGCCCCCAGAACCAAAACCACAACCACCCGCCGCGGUCUCUUCCGCAGUCGGCGUCAGCCCCACACCCAUCAUCAUCAUCAUCACCAUCAUGCAACUACCACAACGCGACCUGUCCACCACCACAAGCGACAUGCCACGUUAGGGGAUAAGAUUAGUGGGGCGCUGUUGAAAUUGAAGGGGAGUUUGACUGGACGGCCGGGGCAGAAGGCUGCUGGGACGAGGAGGAUGCAUGGGACUGAUGGAAGGGGAGCGAGGAGGAGGAGAUUUUUUUAG